GUCCACUUUUCGCCGGGGCGUAACUGCGCCGCGCGUGGCACGCGUCCAAUUAAAGCCACGAUCAUCAAUGUCAUUACCGUAGUCGUCGUCGUCAUUAUUAUCAUCAUCAUCAUACUGCAUGAGGCACCCAGUGAAAUUUUUAAUGCAUCUUUAAGAUCACGGUCCCCGUUGCUCUAAAACGAAAGAAGAAGCAUUUUCCACCUACUCAUAUAGCCAGUAUGAACCACCGAGUUCAGAGGACAACAACGACAAACACAAAACCCGCGGCGUUGUGGGUGUGUACCGAAAUAAAAGAAGACGAAGAAACAGAACGUGAUUCGCAAAGGGCGAUGAUUGCGCCUAGCCAGAAAGCGUCCACGUCAGAGUCACUGGAAGGGCUAGUGCUGGCAUUCCUUCGCUCGCCGUUCUAUUCGGACCAAGUCAAGACGCAUUCGAUGCGGCGACACCACCUGCCGCUGUCACGGAGGCAACACGAAGGGCCACGGCGACCGGCUGCCGACGACGCCCGCCGGACGACGUCGGCGCCGUCUUCGACGUCGACGUCAACCGCCGCCCUGCCGGCCGACGAGGACGUCGCUUUGGCGCCGCAAGGCGACUCCGAACGGCGCCACCGCGACGGCGUCGACAGCUGCGUGAUGGGCCUGUCGGCCGACGAACCCUCUCUGCCCUUGCUCGAUCCGGUCGGCAAGGCGAUCGGCGCAUCGGCGAGCCUCCUGACCGCGACGCCGACCGUAUCGUCGCGACCGACAAGCGCCGCCGACUCGACGCUACCGGCGACGUGCGGGAGGCGCAGGUCCGAACGUCGUCACGGGUGGCGGUGUCUGGCGCCGCUCUCCCGGUGUGUCUGGGCGGCCUGCCGCGGGGAGUCGCUGGGCGUGACCCUGGUCUCGGCGCUCAACCUCUCGCUCGCCGUGUCCGUGGUGGUGUCGUGCAAGCUCAGCUACGACCGGGCGCGCCUGCCCAACCUGUCGCUCACCGUGGUGCACCUGGCCGCUUCGCUGGCCGCGCUUCGCACGGCGGCGGCCUUCAAAGUCACGUGGGCUCCGCAGACGCCGACUUCUGAAACUGCUACCGGGGCCCGGGUCUCGUCUUCAGCCAGUGCGCCGGUGUCCUCCUUCGAGCACUGGAGGCUCGCCUUUCUUCUCUGCGCCUUCAUGGCGCUUCCCAACCUCUCCCUGGAAUUCAACACCGCCGGCACCAGCACGCUGCUCAGGCUUCUGUCCCUGCCGGUGACGGCCUGGCUGCAAACCGUGGUGUUCGGCCGCAGGCAGCGCCGAGCGGCCGUCCUGUCGCUGCUGCCAGUGGCCCUGGGCGUGUCCAUGAACGCCCUCGGCGACCUGCGCUUCAACCCGGCGGGUCUCUUCUUCGGCGUCGCCGGAGCCGCGGCAGCCGCCUUCUAUUUCACCCUGGCGGCCGAGCAGCAGCGCCGCCUGCGCCAGCCGCCCGUGGCAGCUGCUGGAGUCCCAGCUCCGGCGCGCCCUGCCGGCGCUCGCGCUGGUCGCCCUGCUCCUGGAGCCCCCGUGGCGCGGACCCCGGGGCCUGCUGGCGCGCCAGUGGCACCCGCGCGAUGCGGCGCUGCUCGUGGGCUCUUCGCUGGCCGGCUGCCUGCUCACGCUGACCAUGCAGUGGCUGCUGGGACGCACGUCGGCGCUCACCUACCAGGUGCUCGGCCACGUCAAGAUGUGCGCCACCCUGCUGGCCUGCGCCGUCGUCUUCGACGAGCACCUCAAGCCGGUGCAGCAGGCCGGUGUCUUUCUGACCCUGUGCGGUGCCGUCCUGUACACGAUGUUCAAGUCACGGGACGAGCCGGCGUCGUCGUCGUCAGCCGGCCCCGACCAUCAUUACCACCACGGCAACCGGCCGCUGCUGGGCUCACCGUCUACGACCGUCAAGUGACGUGGCCUGUAGCGGCGACCAGACCCUACCGAUCGAUUGAAUGAUCGACCGACCGGCCGUUGUUCGGUCGGUCGUUAUAGAUGUACAGACGUUCUCUGCCCCUUGUGAAUGUUGUGCAGUGAGCGUACUGCGGGCGUCGCUCCGUCGCUGUUCCUGGACAGCCCGCGGAAGGCGCGGUACAGUGCGGACAAUGAUGCAGAUCUAUUCCACGGGCAGCUAGUAGUUGUGCGCACGUAUACCUGCAUGGCUGUACAGAGGCUUAAGUAUAUCAAUUCACGUCGAUGUGUCCGUCCGUCUUCUCUACUUCUCUAUUCUACUUCUCUUUAUUUGAAAACGAGAAAAGGUGACGGUGCUGUAACGACAGCCCAAACUGUACUAACAGAAACAAAAAUAUCGCAGUAUAGGGGGUGCAUCAUCGCGCAGCGCAAUCAAACCGGACAUGCGCGCAUGUCAAUGGUGACGACUGGACGGCGCGCACUAUACCUUCAGUUAUGCUUCGGCCACGCGCUCCGCUGUUCGCGUUUCUUUCCAUCGCGACAGUACCAACUGGCCCAAACAUCUACCCUUGUAGUAUAUACAGUAUAUUCACUGUUCUUCUAUAACGAGAGAUUCCCCACCACGCCAAGGCUGGCGCACGCUCCCAGCCACGUGCGCGCGAUGCAAUGGAGAACACCACCACAGCAGCAGAAGCAGCAGCAGCAGAAGCCUGGAUACCACGGGAGCGUCGUUCGGCCCGGCCGGCCGGCCGGCAUGCGAAGCCGUUGAGUUCGCUGACCUUGAUCUCCCAGUGUGUACGAACACACUCGCUCGCGCGCGCUACUCUUGGAAGCUAUAGCGGCAGCAGCCGACGAGGAACAAGCGAGGAGCAGCUCGCUUUCUUGCCGGCCUAGCGCGCGGCCAACUUAACGCAUACCAGCGCGAGCGGAGAGCACAACCCAGGUACACAUAUGGACCGUCUUUACCCGC